AGCUUUUCUUGAAAAUUUAUUCAUUCUCAUUCAUUACAUUAAAUUAAAAUUACGUAUAAAAUAUUUAAACAAAACAUAAGCCAUAGACAACCCAAGAAAAACUUGUAAUCGAGUUUUUGUUAGGUAUUUUUUUUUUUUUUUUACUAAAAAUGAUACAGUCGGUUUGUUUACGAGCUUCAGCUCUACAAUUGCCACCAAUUUACUCUCACUCCAAAAAUGCCGCAACGACUGACAGCUUGGCAAUUGAUGCUCAAAAUCUUAACUAUUCUGUUGUCACAAGACAAGGAAAAUUACUUCCAAUUCUUAAAGAUUGUUCAAUAAAGAUUCCUUCUGGACAGUUUUGGAUGCUUUUAGGACCCAAUGGUUGUGGAAAAUCAACCCUUUUAAAGAUAUUAGCAGGUCUAUUGAGUCCAGAUGAUGGGUUCUUGUAUGUGGAAAGGCCAAGGAGCUUUGUGUAUCAGAACCCUGAUCAUCAGGUCGUGAUGCCUACAGUGGAAGCUGAUGUUGCUUUUGGACUUGGUAAAUUAAACUUAACACCAAAUGAGAUUAGGAAUAGGGUGGCAAGAGCUUUAGAUGCAGUUGGGAUGUCUGAAUAUCUGAAAAAACCAGUUCACACUCUUAGUGGUGGUCAGAAACAAAGGGUUGCUACUGCUGGUGCUUUGGCGGAAGCUUGUACAGUUUUGUUACUUGAUGAACUGACUACUUUCUUGGAUGAAACUGAUCAGAUUGGAGUGAUAAAAGCAAUGAGAAACUCCAUGGAUACAUCUAAAGGAAUUACAGCAUUGUGGGUGACCCAUCGAUUGGAAGAACUAGAGUUUGCAGAUGGUGCAGUGUACAUGGAAGAUGGAAAAAUCGUCCGACAAGGUGAUGCAACUAGUAUAAGGAAAUUCAUUGAAGAUAAAGUGUCAUCUUAUGUUAACCAAAUAAACUUGUAACCACUUUUUCCUUAAUGAUCCUGUAUAUGCUGAGGUGGAUCCAAAAUUUGAACAUUAUCCGUUCAAGUUCGGGAUUUUACCACAUGACAUUUGAUUUACAGGGUCGAGUUCUAUUAUUUGUACUUAUUCAGUAAAUUUUUAACAUAAAUAUAGUGUUCGAGCCAAAGUUAUUGGGUUCGGAUGA